UUAUUAUAGUCCAUUUUUCAUAUUCCACAGGUUGUACAGCUAUUAUUCUAUGAGAAUAAUUUACAGGUUUCAUUAUAAUACCUCUACGAUUACACAAUCAGUGCAUCCGAUAAAACGCGUGAUUCGCCAUUUUUGAAUUGUAUAGGUGUAGGUUGUAGGUAUUUUAUUUUAUUUUAUAUCAGCUGUUGAAUGUUUAAAGUGCAACCUAACUACUUUAAGUUUUUCAAUUCUUUUAACUUUUAAGUUUCCAUUAAUAAGCACAAUAAAAUAAACAAUUUUUCCUAGAAUAUGGAUUCAAUGAUAUCAAAUAACAAAAUGUACCUCCUGGAUGGCAGUUUUAUCAGUGGUAUAACACCUUAUGUAGAUAUUGACAGUGUUAUGAAACAUCCACUUUGGGGAUCACAUUUGCUUUUAAAUAAUGAAGAUGCUGUUAUUUGUAGCCAUAAAGACUACAUUAGGUCUGGAGCUGAUUUCUUGACGACCGUCACAUACCAAGCAAGCAUUGGAGGCUUUCAAAAAUAUUUGAACCUAGAUUAUGAUCAGAGUUUUGAAUUAAUUAAGAAAUCUGUUAUGGUUUGUCGACAGGCAAUAACAGAGGAAAAUGUAGAACGAAACAUACAAAUAAUGGGAUCUGUCGGUCCAUAUGGUGCAUCAUUACGUGAUUGUUCAGAAUAUAAUGGUAAUUAUAUAGACACGAUGAAUUUAAAAGAAUUAUAUGAUUGGCAUAAACCUCGAAUUCAAGCAUUAGUGGAGGCUGGAGUUGAUAUGAUGCUUUUUGAAACCAUACCUUCUAUCAUUGAAGCUACUGUUUUGCUAAACAUAUUAACUGAAUUUCCAAAUCAAAAAGCAUGUUUAUCAUUCUCGUGUAAGGAUGGAAAUUGUUUGAGUCACGGUGAAAACUUUUCAAGUGCUGUUGAAAUGUUCUGGUCGAAUGAUUACCGUAAACAGUUAAUUGCUAUUGGUAUGAACUGUUUGCACCCAAAAUUUAUAACACCACUUUUGAUGUCGAUAAAGACUAACAAUGUUAAUUUUAUUGCCUACCCAAACGGAGGUGGCAUCUGGGAUGUUACUCAAAAUUGUUAUGAUGAUACUCAAAUAUAUAAAGUUUCUAUCGAUGAUCUCAAAAUAUGGAAUAAUAAAGGAUUGAAAAUAUUUGGAGGCUGUUGUAAAACUGAUGCUAUUGAAAUAGCACGUUUGAGGAGUUUAAUGGAUGAUCUACUUGUAUAAUGCAAUUUUAAUAAUAAAUUUAUUGUUUCUAUGGUUUUAUUAAUUAUAUACUUUUAUGUAAAAUAGAAAUAAAGUUUUGCUUUAAAAAUCAA